UGUGGAAGUGGAACGUACCGUUAGUAAAGUCGUCUCCGCCGCAGUCGACAUGUCUUCAAGAGUGCUGCUGUGUGACCUCUGCGUCAUCCUACUAUACGGACUUAGCUUUAUACUGGCCGAGGAGAAGAGCAGCACUUCAACAGCACCAGAUGACGGACCAAAGGGCAAUUGUUCAUGUGGAGGCUUUCCAACUAGUACGAUAGAGCUCGGCAGUCUGCCUCUCCUUUCGCAGACUCCGGGGUUGGUAGUCAAGUGUGACGACGAGGGUGCUGGCACUUGCAAGAGCCUUUGCAACGCUUUGGCCACUGCCACCAAGGCUAAAGGACCAGAAGUUCUAUGCAAUAGGCUUAAGAAUGCAAAGGAAUUGAAGUUGUCAGCAUUCUACCAAAUAUGCGAUAAGCCGUGGACGUAUGCUGAUUUGACUGCCGAUGAGCCGCUUUGCUGUGAGGAGUCCAAGGUGAAGAUCUGUCCGUCCAUGGAAUCGGUGAACUCCACAGACACAGUGGCCACUAUGGCCAUUUAAUCGCUUUAUGUUCGUGCUAGUGUAGUUCCGCAUUUAUUAUAGUAAAUGAAUUGUACUUAUAAGA